CUCGGCGCCGGCAGCGGCUCUAGCUCCGCUCCGCGGUGCCGGCAGGGCCCGGGCCCCGGAGCUGCCGCCGCCCGCGCCGCGCUCGGCCGCCCGGACCAUGAGCCAUGACCCGACGCCGUGGGACAACGCGACCGAGAGCAGCACGGCAGUGCCCGGCGAGGUGUCCCCCCAGGAUGGCUACGUGCUGCUGCUCGCCCUGCUCUCCAUCUUCAUCGGGGGCACCCUGGUCCUGCUCUCCGGCAUCCUGAUCGUCUGCCGCCGGUGCUGCGAGGCCGAUCGCCGGCACUCCAGAGCCAGCGAUGACCCGGAGAAAACCACCACCACCUACCUGGACGACUCGCAGCCGGCCCAGGACAUCACCAUCAGGGCGGAAGACCCCGACUGCCUGUCGUCCUCCAGCUACCGGGAUGCGGAGGGCGAGCGGUUCCUGUCCUCCAGCUCCUCCACCGCCCGCCGUGUCUCCUUCAACGAGGCGGCGCUCUACGAGCAGGGCAAGAAGACCCAGGAGAAGGGGAGGAGGUACACGCUGACCGAGGGCGACUUCCACCACCUGAAGAACGCCCGCCUGACCCACCUGCACCUCCCGCCGCCCGCCCUCAAGAUCGUCACCAUCCACGAGUGCGAGUCCAGUGAGAACAGCCUGGCCAUGACCCCCCGCCUGCCCCCCGCCAAGCCCGGCCUCGCCAUCUUCCAGCCCCCCGCGGGAGCCCUGCCACAGCCGGCGCUGCCCAGCCAUGCCGUGUGCCCCAGCUCGGCCCUGCCCGGGGACACCUACAACUCCACCGUGGACAGCAGCUUCGCGGAGGCCAGCCCCGCCGCCUCCUCCGACUCCGGGGAGGGCCCCCCGUUUGCAGCAGCCUCCAGGAGCGGGAAAGCGGCCGGCUCGGGCAGCGCGGGCACCGGCGAUGCCGCCCCGGCCCCGGCGCCGGGCACCGUGCUGCAGUUCUUCACCCGCCUGCGCCGCCACGCCAGCCUCGACGGGGCCAGCCCCUACUUCAGGAUCAAGAAGUGGAAGCUGGAGAGCAACCAGCGGGCGUCGAGCCUGGACACCAGAGGGUCUCCCAAGCGGCGCCAGUUCCAGCGGCAGCGGGCGGCCAGCGAGAGCAUGGACCAGGAGGACCAGGACCCUCACCAGACCGACAUCAUCCAGUACAUCGCCCGCACGGAUGACGUGGCUUUCCACCCCGCGGCCGGCCCCUUCCUGCCCUCCCCGGCCAGCCCCCCACCCUCUCUCGGCAGGCUAGAGCCGGGCGAGGGGGGCGCGGGCGAGGCCGGCGGCCCCGAGCCGCCCAGCGCCUACCACGACAUCUGGAGCCUGCGGGCGUCCCUGGAGCUGUACGCCUCCUCCGAGCGGAGCAACGACCAGGACUCGGUACGCAGUGACGGCGGCGACAGCGUCUCCUCCGCCGGCGGCCUGCCCCCCUGCCCCUCCUCCUCCCUGGAUGAGGCCGAAGGCCCCGAGGAAAAGCCCUGGGGCCGGUCCAAGCCGGAGGGCCCCGACUCGGAGCCGGGCACGCGCAAACUGCUGCAGAUGGACAGCGGCUACGCCUCCAUCGAGGCGCCGAGCCGGGCGGGCGAAGAGGGGCACCCCAAGGACCAGACGGCCUCGGAGAAGCGCAUUUGCUUCACCAGCGCGGGGCGGAAAGGCACCAUCUUCGAGAGCUUCGAGGGCCGGGAGCCGGAGGAGGAGGAAGAGGAGGAGGAGGAGGAAGAGGAGGGGAGCGAGCCCCGGGGCGCGGCGGGCGGGGGGCCCCCGCCGCCCCACAGCCCCCUGGCCUGGUCCCCCUACGGGCAGAUGUUCGCCGGGCGGGAGGCGCUGCCCCGGCGGGACUACAGCAUCGACGAGAAGACGGACGCGCUGUUCAACGCCUUCGUGCGCCACGACCCCCAGUUCGACGACUCGCCGCUGCGGGGCAAGCACCGCUCCCGCACCCACCUGCGCAAGCAGUGGCAGCACGCCAAGCAGUACAGCGACCCCGGCGUGCGGUACCCGGCGCUGGAGCGGCACCGCACGCCCCUGCGCCGCGGGGACAGCGCCAACUACCCGCUGGACGCCCGCUUCCACAGCCCCCUGCCCCGCAUCGUCAGCGCCGGCGACGAGGAGGCCGGGGAGGCCGGGGAGGGGGCCGCCGGCGCGCCGGCCCUGCCCGACCCCGAGAUCCAGGUGAUCGUGGAGGAGCCCGGCGAGGCGGCCCCCGAGCCCAAGGCCGGCCCCGAGAGCCCCACGGACGACUGCUCCAGCCCCGGCCAGUGCCUGGGGCUGGGGCUGGGCUCCGGCGCUGAGCUGAUGGACAAGAUCGCCGGCGGCCUCGAGGAGCGGCUCUACGGGCACUUGCGGAAGUCGGGAGAGCGCGCGGAGCCCGCGGUGGCCGUGGCGGCCAGCGACGCGCCCCCCCGACCGCAGCCCCGUCUAGGCCCCGCGCCAGGGGGGCAGAGACCCCGGCACAGCGGGGCUCGGCCCCCACCAGGGUUCAGGGCUCCGACCCCUCCCGCCGCUGGCGCUGGGACCAGCCUGGGGCCCGGGCCGGGCUGCCGGGGGCACAGGGCGUCUCGGGAAGGGCGGCCCCCUCCCCGGCACGGAGGGCAUGCGGGGCAGGGGCAGCGGUCGCUGGCCAAAGCCGCCCCACAGAAGGGGUCCAGUAGCGUGGGGUGGCCGAGCCCCCUUGCUCCUGGGAGCGAGGGACAGAGAGGUGCCAAAGGGCCCCGCGGGCUCACCGCCCCGGGAGGGGCGCAGGGCCGCCGGGGACCCCGGUGGGGACCCUGCCCCGCGCCCGGCACCCGGAGAGGCAGAGCAGAGCAUUCGCCAAAGCCAGGUGCGCUGGCAGGGCCAGGAGGUUGGUUACGAAGGACUCCGUCAAUAAACCCCAAACCUAGCUGAGGCCUAGUCCUUACCUCACAGUAGAGCCGUGUAGCAGAUACGCUCUCCCCUCUUCCUCUCCGACUUUUUACAAGCAAUAAUGCCUCGCUGCUCGUCUGGCUGGGGACGUCCGUGCAAGGAAGGCGCCGGGGCUGGGCAUCGCGCCGGCUGGCCGGGGAGGCCGCGGCGCUGCCCUCGCGGGGAGCCGGGCGCAGCAGUAACCCGGGGAGGGGGCAAUCGCCUCCCAGCGCGCACGGAGCCCUCCCUGCCCGGCGCCCGCCCAGCCCUGCGGGGAGCCGAACUGGAAGCGGGUGGCUGGGGGGCCGCAGCGCCGCGCGGGGAGGCUGC